AUGGGAUUGAUUAAAGAAGAGGAGGACACUGCUCUUACUCUGGUGAUGGAGAACAGUGAACUCUGUUUCCCACAUCUCCUCAACGCCUCCUGCAGGAGGCCAAAACAUACUCAUUUUGAGGCUAUUUUUAUUUACGUCCUGGCAUCCUUUAUUUCUCUGCUCACUGUGUUUCUCAACCUGAUGGUCAUCAUCUCCAUCUCCCACUUCAGGCAGCUCCAAUCUCCCACCAACACCCUCCUCCUCUCUCUGGCUGUCUCAGAUUUCCUCGUUGGUUUCCUCAUGUGCUUUCACAUUAUGUUCAUAGACGGCUGCUGGCUGCUCGGAGACGGUGUGUGUGUUAUGUAUCAGAAUUUGGCAUAUAUCAUCACUUCCUCUUCAGUAGGAACCAUGGUGCUCAUAUCUGUUGACCGCUAUGUGGCUAUUUGUGAUCCUAUGUUUUACUCCACAAAAAUCACAAUGAAAAGAGUUAAGAUCUGCAUUGUUUUGAGUUGGUUUUGCUCUUCAUCCUUCCAAGGUCUAAACCUAAGUGAUAACCUGAAACAUCCAGGCAGGUAUAACACUUGCAUUGGAGAGUGCAUUGUUGUCAUUAACUACAUUGUUGGACUUGCAGAUCUUAUUUUAACCUUCAUUGUUCCCAUUACUGUUAUUAUUGUGUUGUAUACAAGAGUCUUUGUGGUGGCUGUGUCUCACGCUCGUGCCAUGCGGUCCCAGAUUGCAGCCGUCACACAUGGCUCUGCUAAAAGGUCAGAGAUUAAAGCGGCCGGUACUCUUGGAGUCGUUAUAGUUGUCUUUCUGUUAUGUAUCUGCCCUUAUUACUGUGUCGCUCUUGUGGGUGAAAACACUGUGCUCACUGCUUCAUCUGUUGUCUUUGUAGUAUCUUUGUUUUAUCUUAACUCCUGUUUGAACCCUAUGAUCUAUGCCUUCUUUUACCCCUGGUUUAGAAAAUCUGUUAAACUCAUUGUUACACUGAAGCUACUGCAGAGAGACUCCCGUGAGGCCAACAUGCUGUAGAAAGGAGCCUGACAAUGACUAUGAGGAGCCUGACUAUGAACUGCAAAGUGACAUGUAUUUGAAUGUUUUACUUAGAACGUUUAGUUAAAUAAUUUAGAUUGUUACAUUUAACAUGCUCCUCUAUAAUACACAGCAAAUAUUAGGCUCAUGUUGUAUAUAUUGUUGUCACUCACUAUCUGUACUGUUUUUCAUUACCUUCAUAUUUAAUAUUUUGUUCACUGUAUAUUAUGUGCUUUAUGUUGUUUGCUGUAUAUUCAUUGGUAUUAAAGGUGACAUAGAAUGCUUGUUUCUCACAUAUAUGUUAGUUAUG